UCCCUUAGCGCCUGGGCCCCGCCCGCAUGCGAUGUACGCAUGCGCAGUGGGAGGCGGAAGCGCGGUGGUUGCCGUGACAACGGCGUCCGGCCCGCGGCCCGGGAUCGGGAUCGGGAUCGGGUCUGGAGUUGUCACCUCCUGCCCGGCCCGGCCGCUCCAUGCCGCGGAAGGUGCUGCGCUGCGUCCUGCAGCUGGAGAUCCGCUCGAUAACUUGCCCUGGAGUGCUGUUGAAAGACAAAGAGGAGCUCUAUCUCAGUGUCUCUAUACUUGGGCAGUACAAAAAAACUCAGUGCGUCCCUGCAGCAUUUCCACUUUUCUUUCAAGAAAAACUAGUGUUUGAAAAGACAUUUGCUAAUAUAGUUGAUCCUGGAGACCUUGUGAAGUUACUAGAAGUUGACACAGCAGUACUUGAACUAAUACAGCUCAUUCCUCCAGUUGGAGAAAUUCUAGCUACUUAUGAAGAAAAUACAAGAGAUUUCCUGUUCCCUGACCCUAAGCUUACCUGUCGAGACCAUGGCAUAGAUCGUGAGAUUUUAAUGAAGAGGUCUUCUUAUUUUACUAUUUUGCCAGUUCAGGUGUUGAAUGUGCAAAUCCACAGUUGCACUUCAGUGAAGGGAAUUGCACCAAAAUUGAGAUUUUCUACGAGCUCCCUUAUUACAGAAAGUCUGUUAAGCUCAGGAAGGAGUCACGUACAGGAUGAUUUGAAUUGGCCACAUCACUCAACUCCAAAUGGAAAAUUGCAAACAAAGUUACCAAAGAAAAGCACUCCUUCACCUGAGAAAAGCAGGCACGGAGUAGCAAGAAAGAACUACGAGCAGCCUACAAUAGCUUCUAAGUCACGUUCUCCAUCUCCAUACACAAAAAGACGAAUGUGUGAGCUGUCAGAAGAAGCCAGGCAACGACUGGCCCACUUAAACCUUGGUCCUUACGAAUUCAGAAGAGAAACUGAUAAACCUCCAUUUGUAGUUAGACGGGUAGAACAAGCAAGUCCUGGUAUUGAGCUUCAUGCCUGCUGCACCCUGCGAGAAGGCACAAUGGAAGCCUGGUCCAAGGUAACACCUGAUCUUUCUCUUCUUGGCAGCUACAGACCCAAGAAAGCCAAAGCAAGAUCUACUCAUGGGAAAGGCUGUGAUAGUUCUUCCGACAUUUGUAAUGAGGAUGUGAUCUCCAGUUCACCCAACAGACUGUCCCAUUCCGGUGGUUCAUUAGUGCAUUCAGCACCUUCAGCAUUUCAGAAGCAUUCUCUAAGUUCUGUACUAAAUCGAUCUUCUCUAAGGGAAAGGUUUGACUCUGGUUGGCCUCCACCAGCAAAUGGAGAUGAGAUCCAUAAAAGAGUGAAAAAUAUUUUAAGGACACACAGUGCUAGACAGCGCCUAGUGUUUGAUGAAAGUAACUCAUCAAAAGGAAACUUGACUAAGACAAGAGAAUCUUCCCAUAAAGCACACUUAUCCUUAAGUGAUCUGCGGAGCAGUUCACCACUGCAGCAGAACAUCACUGUUCACUUGGAUAAUGGUGAAUUCUGGUCUAACCGUGCAGCUGUAUACAAAGGGAAGCCUCACAGAGCAAUCUUUGAAGACAGCCUUGGGAAAAUAUAUAGAAACAUGUACCGAAAAGCUUCUGGCACUAUUUCAGACCAAAGAGCAUACUCCUGAUAGCAAUUCAGCUGAAAAUGCACAGUACGCAAUGUUGAUAUUUCUUACCAAAACUUUUUUUCUAUGUGACAAAUAUUUGUACUCUGUUUUUAAGGUGUGAUUAUGGCUGGACAGGAUUUGGGAGAAGUGGAGUUUUGGCCUGGGUUGCCAAAUUAAUGUUCUUAGCAGCACCCCCACCACCCCGACACCUCUGCUCCAAAUUUAAAAAUAACAAACAACAGCAAUAAAACCUUAAGGCCCUCCACAGUUGAUGGGGAUGGUGUUGCUCCUUUGAGGCUCUCAGAAGAUGGUCAUUUUAAAGACUAAUAUGUCUGCUGGACAUUCCUGCCUGACAUAGGUCAGGUUUCAGCUGCAGUCAAUUAUUAUUUAAAUAAUUAAACCUGUGUAGUAACAUAAGAAGCAGUAAGUCCUAGUGAUAAGAGAGGGUAUCUAAAGGGGAAGGCAAGUGUGAGUGUUGGUAUAAAUCAUCUGCUCUGGGAAAGAGGGGAUUUGAAUUGUUUUCUAGAAAAUUGGCUUUGCGUUGUUUGUUUUUGAGAAAGGCAGAAAGAAGGCUCCAGUAGUGACCUACAGGCAUGCUUUCAAACAGCUUUCAAUCACCUUUAGUCACAAAUUUUCAAAUAAUGUCAAAUUUUGAAAGAAACCUACCCAGAUUGGCAGCGUUUGUAUUAGGAGAAAGGUUUUCUUUGUAUACCCUGUGUGUUUGGAGGUUUCCAGGUUUUCUUGAAUGCAGUCCUGACAUUUGCAAAAUACACUUGUAGUUUUUAAAAAUACAAAUGGGAAAGGAGUGGGGAGGGGGAAAGACUGGAGCGAGGUAGUCAGCAAGCUCACAUACCCAGUACAGGCCUUCUGAAGUUCCUCUGCAUCACAAUCCCAACUAAUUUGGAGCCUGUCCUUCCCAGCCUGCUGGGAUCCUGUUGGCAGAAAUCGCAUCCUUUCUGCUAAAGGCCACCAAAUGUUCAUCAGCGGUUCAGUGCUAUCCCGAGGGAUGGAACCUUUUCAGCCUUGCAUUGAACAGAUCCCACAUUAGCAAGCCAGGGCAAGUUGCCCAUCUAUUGAAAAGCCGAAUGCUUUAAAAGGGCAAGAGUGUCCAUCUCCUGCUUCCUUUUAGAAUGGGGGGGGGGGAAAACGCAUGCAUAUUCUGGCUCCUUCCCUAACUAAGUGAACAGAUUCGGUUAUACCAGUGCCAUUUUACCUGUUAUGAUUGGCUAAAAGAUAAAGCUUGCAGUACAGAUGGCAGAACAUAUGACUGUUACCUGCCAGCAUGCCUAGAUAAACAAAAAGUUGGUCUACUCUGCCUUCCGUCCUUUAAUGCUGAGACAACGUAAUUGAUUUGAGAGAGCAGUUGGUGAGCAAUUACGCUGGUGGGAAAGCACGCUGAAAGGCUGCGUGCUUCUGCUUCAGGAAAGGGGACUCUCAGAGGAAGCGUCUUCCAUGCAGACGUUUCUAUUCCUUGUAACAGUUAAGCAAGUUGAAGUGGAUUAACACUGAUCACUUCCUGUCCCUGCUGCCAUUUAAUACAUUAGUGCUUUCAAAGGGCAUUAGCUGUGCAGCCUUACUUGGUGGAUGAUUGUUGAGGCACUCUGUGAGGAAGUAGUAUGCUUUUUUUUUUUUUUUUUUUUUUUGCUUAUGUGAAAAGUAAAACUUACCUAAGCCUUGCCACUAAGGCAUGGUGGCAUUGGGGCAUUGUGUUACCAGUGCUUGGUAUUCAGUCAUUUGUAAAUUCCCGUGACCCCAAAUUAGUCCAGAAAGGAAUAGUUUCUAUCUUGCUGCUCAUGGAAAAUAAGUUCAAGGCACAAGCAGGGAAUGAAAGAGGUUGGAGGCCGCUGUGAAAAAUCAGGAUAAGAUUUUGGAGGGAUCCAGAGGACCUUACUGAAGAAUCACAGCAUAUGGUAAAAUGACAACAUUUGGUUUUUCCUCACGGGCUAAAACUAUAGAUGGGAGAAAUAGAAAGUGUUGUGUGCUGCAUUCUGACCAAUAUGAACAUUCUCACUGAAGCCUUUGUAUGCAGCAUAACAAGUGAAGCAGAGAGGCUGUGAGUGUUGCUGGCCCUGCUCCAGCUGGAGAGGGAGAUGGUGUGUACGUCUUUCUGCAUCAGCUGCUGCAGGGUGUGUGUUCCUCUCUUGGGUCAGAGUCAUUCCACAGCUUAUAUGCUGUGAUACUGCACAGUUCUCUUCCAAGCACCGUGCUGGCAAUCCAGUUUGGUUAAUGGAAAGCUUUUCUAUGAAAUGUGACUUAAGACCCAAAGUACUCUAUCUGUCCACAAAAUCUGCAAGCCACUUGUUUUUUAACAGCUUUUGGCCCCUUCCCUGUUUGCUCGGCUAACCCUGCCAUUAAUAUGCAUAGAGCUCAAGUGCACUGAGCACUGCUGCUCCUUUGCUACUGCAGUAUGCGAUAAGUAUAGGUUCAGGCAGCGAACCAACAUAGUAAUAAACUGUAAUUGUUUAGUGCACCUUGCCUUCUAAUACAAUUUAAAUCCCUUCUAUCAAAUGCAAAUUUCUAGGUUCCUGAGUGGAGCUUUAAAUAGCAUUUUCUAUGCUCAUUCCUUAUCUUUUGCCAUCCACAAAGUGGUCUGUUAGUGACAGUGGGAUGGCAUCAUUCCACCUCCAUCAUUUUACCUCCUAAAGGAAAGCUGCCUACUCAAAUCUAGAAAUAAUGGGCUAGAUUAAGAGAGAAUUAGUGGUUUUUUUUGUACAAUCUAUCUCUUUCUCUUGCCCUCCCCAAGCUAUUAUAACCCAUGAGUAUUAUCGCCAAAUGUUUUUCAGCAUCCAGUGUUGCUUGCAGUAUGCAGUCUAAUCAGUGUAAUAUUUUAAUCACUUUCAUUUUAGUAAAUCAGAGUCUACUUCCAGCUUGCUCCCUUUCCUCUCUCCUGCAAAGAACUUGAUAUAGCUUAGGACCUUGGGAUGGCUCACUAGCAUAUAGUUUGCCUACUCGUUGGGUUGAAUGCCAAAUCCUUUGCUGAGUAGCAAUUGCUCUGGAAAUCACUUAGUCAUUGACCUGUUGUGGGUUAAAUGCAAAAGUAUCAGACUUAUUAGUGACUUGCCUUAUCAAAGUUUUCAACAAGAAGCAGGGAGGCUUAAGUUGGUCCACUGGGGACAAGAGGCAAAGGGAUGGAUGGAGUAAGGAGCAGCCUUAUGAGAUAGAUGGGCAGCAGUGUUUAUAUCCCAGAUCUGAAGAGGCUUUGAAGGCUGUUAUUUAGAUUGUGCAUCACGUUUGAACUUUACUGUUACUUAAUACAUUGCCACAAUGGAGAGAAAUCUACCUAUUGAGAUUGAGAACCUAUUUCUGGGGAUAAAAUAACAGAGGUUUUAGCUCUGCUCAGUAUUAAAUAGUCUGUGCUAAACUUCCUUUCAUUAUUACCUCAGCUGUAAAAUGGGAAGUUUGUGCUCUAUUGAAGCUUAAUUAAAUGACUGUAAAGUGCUUUGGGAUCCUGAAGUGAAUGUUACAGAAAUUUUCUUGUGGAAGCCUGCCUGAAAAUUCCCAUCUCAUCUCCAGGUUACUGAAAAGGCCCUAUUUUAAUGUUCCCAGAUUUAUUAUAUUUUAAUCAGACAGUUAUUAAGCAAGCCUUAAACUUAUCAAGGUAGAAACUUUAUACAUUUAAAAGACUAUUGAAAAAGACAGUGCUUUACUACAGAUCUUUACUACAGACCUUCCCACAAUGGGCAUCCUACACAGUUUGUCUCUUGGAUGAUCUAGGUUCAUCAUACUCAUACUCACACUUCAAGGUAUGCUAACCAGCACUGUUAACGUCUAUCACGUUGUUUUUGCCCCCUCCCCAAGAAGUCAGGGGGUGCAGUGGUGCGUUGGCAAUGGAAAAGGUUGUAUGGUGCAAGGGCUAUAACCUAUUAUAUAGUUCUGAUCUUCCUGAUUUUUAAACUGAAAAGUGUUUUCUGGAACACUGAACUAUGCAGCAAAAUUCUUAGCUUUUUAGCAGUGGCUACUUAACUGUAUGAAUCUUGUAACAUGGAAUCUCUGGGUCAUAGAAAAGCCAACCAUUAAGCUAAUUACUUCACUGUUACAGAGUGAUCAUUACCAGGAUGCUGACAAUGUGUCAAGAGAUGUUUUUAGGAGGCAAGAAAUUUGAGGGAACUUUUAAAUUAGUGGAACUUAGCUUCACUGCUUGGCUGCAGUGAAAACAAUUGAAUCUAAGAGAGAACAGCAUUUCUGGGGAUUAUAUUAAUGAGCUACCUCAGUGACAAAAAUGAUGUCUGGUUUUGGUGACGGUCUCUGGUAGCAGCAGAGAACUGGUCUUUGCCCAGUUCCUUUGAGUUUCCAUAAACUAGUGUUGUGGGAAGUGAUCAAGAGCAUCUAACAGCCCGCUCUGUAACAGAAAAGGGAAUAUAAAGCACAAAUCCAAAUGUUGUUCUUGGUUUCUGCUGCUUGCCCGUGGAAUUGAAAGCAUCAUCAACCAAGACCCUUAAAAAGUUGCGGCUGUAGCUCCUUCUGUUAACAGUGUCAGCUUGCCAAAGACAUGUGAUUUGUUCCUUGCAUUUGUCUUCAGAGAGAAAUUCUCUGAAGUGCAGGGAUAAUUUGUCUGGAUGACAACAUGGAGGAACUGCAGUCCUUCUCCUUGCUUGAUCAAUGUGGAGAUUGCGCUUUUUCUUUGUGUUUGUUUCCAUGCAGCUCUGGGUGAUUGCUUCUGCCAGAGAACUCUCUGCAGUUUGGGGUGUGGGGAUCUGAGCCUCCUCCUCCAGGGAAGGUGUUUGCUGUUGCCAAACAAGGUCCCCUUUGGUUCAUAAGGAUUUCCUGAUCCUUAUGGAAACUUACUUGGUCAAGCCUUGGUGUGACAACGUGGAACUGGUGCGAUUGGAUGGGGCAGGGGUGGGAUCUGGGAGCGUGCUGGGGAAGGGCUUUUCGUGCUUUCCACACAUGUAACCAUAACUUUCCGGUCUACGCAGCAACCGUGAAACCCCUAAAUAGGUGCUGAAGUCACACAAGCACCACUCGCACUGCUGAGUUCUACUGCUUCUAUGUUUGUAUUGUUGCACUGACUUGAAUUUCUGUUUGGAUGUUGCGCCGAUGGUGUUGUUGCUAUGACCGUAGUUGCAUGAGCUGUCACAUUCAGCACUCCACUAGUGAACGUUUGCUAAGAGGUUGCUUUCCCUGUCUGCCUUGCUUUCACCACAGCCAUCUAGUGUUUGCAUACAUUUUAGCCUCCGUGCCAUUUUUGAAGGCUUUAUUUGUCUCAUUUACGUUUUUGGUUCGGAUAAUACUUAAAUAUGAAAUCCAUCUGUGUAACAUAUUGUAUACUCACGUUGAGGGGUAAAACCGGUUUUUAAUUAAAAUUUUAUACAGCACUUGUA